UCUCACCUGUCAGAUUGCUGGAUUUCCCUCUCCCCCUCCUCUCUGCCAAUCGGGAAAAUGAAACCCCUCCGCCCACGUUCUCCCGCUUUGCAGAGACGACUGCACUCUUCCGCAUGCCUGGCAAUCCUGACUAACUUCUUCUCUGUCUUGCUCAGUAUUGACCUGGAUGUGCGAGCACUCAACUUGACCUAUAAAUCCUCAUCUGCCUCCCACCCCCGAACCACUCAAUCUCCAGCCGUCUUUCUACCGUUCUUCGCCUCCCCCUCCUCUCCCGCACCGAGACUCCGACCGAGCUUUUUUGCCAACCGACCGAUUUUUGUGAUUCGAAUGGGAUGUUGUCGGAGGUGACUCAAGAAGAAGGAUCUCAGCAUUUGUUGUUACACAGCUUCCUCAAUGGGGAACUCACAAGGGAAACAGGUGGCCCCCACCGAUGAGUUGAAUCUGAACCAGUUCCGCCUACUGCGGGUGGUAGGCAAAGGGGCUUUCGGCAAAGUUCGCAUUGUGGAGAAGAAGGACACCGGCUUGACGUUCGCCUUGAAAUACAUCCGGAAGGAAGAAGUCGUCCGGUCGGAAAGCGUACGAAACAUCAUCCGUGAACGGCGCAUGCUCGAACACCUGAAUCAUGCCUUCCUUUGCAACUUGAGAUACAGCUUUCAAGACAUCGAAUACAUUUACAUCGUGGUAGAUUUGAUGAACGGCGGCGACCUGAGAUUCCAUAUCUCGAGGAAGUGUUUCACCGAAGAGGCGGUACGAUUCUGGGCGGCGGAACUGGGCUGUGCUCUGCGAUACAUCCACUCGCAGGGUAUCAUCCAUCGUGACGUGAAGCCCGACAAUGUGCUCUUGGAUUCGGAAGGACACGUGCACUUGGCUGAUUUUAAUGUGGCCUCGGAUUUCCGGCCCGGCAAGCCUCUCACGAGCAAAUCGGGAACGCUGGCAUAUCUCGCACCCGAGGUCUACGAAGGAGGCGGCUACUACUGCGAAGUCGAUUGGUGGUCGCUGGGUGUCACCUUCUAUGAAUGCAUCUACAACAAGCGUCCCUUCGAAGGCCGCAGCCAGGAUGUGCUCAGCGAAAACAUCAAAAAGGCACAACCGAAAUACUACGUCACAAACCCCGCCGUGUCCGUCCCGUGUUUACGAGCGUUGGCCGCCCUGAUGGAAAAAGAUCGUUCGAAGCGAAUUGGAGCGGCCGGCUUCGAGACGUUCACCUCGCACAUGUUCUUCGCCGACAUCGACUUCGAAGCGUUGGAGAGAAAGGAGAUUCCCCCGGUGUUUCGACCCUCUAGCGACAAGACCAAUUUCGAUGCGACCUACGAUUUGGAGGAGUUACUCUUGGAGGAGGCGCCGCUCGAGGCCCGGGCCCGUCGACAAAAACCACGGGCGGAGUUGCGGGAGGACGCCACGGCGAAGGAGAUCCGGGAAGACGAACUUCACCGUCUCAUCGAGACGAUGUUUGAGCCCUUCGAUUACACCAGGGUGUGCUAUGUCGGCGCCGCCGAAGCCAUCGCCAACUCAUCAAAUCCCGAAGAAUGUCUCCCCACCCAAUCCACCCAUUCGCGGCAAGUCUCCCAACCUGAUCUUUCGAGAAACUCACCGCCUCCGCGGAAUGAAGGCUCGGUCGGGCAAUUGACCCAACCCGACACACCGUCCCCCAUGAGUGAGACUCCGACUUCUCAGCAAUCCGUGCCUGCGCCCCCACCACCACCGCCAGCGUCAGCUCCUUCAUUCAGCAGGCCCCUGCCACCGCCCGCAGCUGGUCGCCCUCGGGGGGCCACCCGGAAAGCGAGCAAAGGGGGUGGAGUCCAGAUGGUCUUGGAAGAAGCCGGAAGUUGGAGUGAGCUCGCGGAUCAUAGCUCUACCCUCCCGGCUGAAGGCUACGACCCCGUCACCGGCAAAGGAAAGGGUUCGAACAGCGGCAUGCUCGCUUUUCUGAGCCGGAAGAAGGGACGCGACAGGAGUCCCAAGCCCCAAGAACCUGGUGUUCUGGGCAAAGAAGGUGCAAGACAGAUUAUCAGUUGAGGUGGAGCUAUUGCGGCUCGCUCCUGGGAGAGAACAUCUCCGUCUUGACUUGAGCAUCACUGGACGGGAAGUAGGCCUUGCUUUUUUGGCUCGAAGACUGGAACUUUUAUUGGCAUGCAGGACGGUGUGGCACGACUUCUGUCCGGCGCUCGGAUCGUUAUGCGCAGGCGGAGGCGGCUACGCA